CGAGAGAGAGGGGGAUCGAGAGACGGGAUCGAGAGAGGAGAUAGUUCAGCGGCAUUUGAGUGGCGCUCUGCACGGAGCUCCCGGCACUUCUUAGCUCCGCGAACUCCGCGCUUCCUCGGCCAUGGGGGUGGACGUAGAGGAGAUGUCUCCCGGUGAUGGUUGCACCUUCCCCAAGAAAGGGCAGCAGUGCGUGGUGCACUACACGGGAACUUUCCGCAACGGGAAGAAGUUUGACUCGUCGCGCGAUCGCAAGAAGCCGUUCCGCUUCACGCUGGGCAAGCAGCAAGUGAUCAAGGGCUGGGAGGAGGGCGUGGGCCAGAUGAGCCUGGGGAUGCGGGCGCGCAUCACCUGCACCCCGGACAUGGCGUACGGCGAGACGGGACACCCCGGGGUCAUCCCGCCCAACACCACGCUCAUCUUCGACGUGGAGCUCCUGCAGCUGGAGUGACGCCUGACUUCAGCCCCGUCACCAGUUUCGGUGGGGUCGACCGACGAUCCAGGACUCGCCAAUCCGUUGUCUCACAAGUCACUCUUUCAUCGCUACUACCGUGGUUGCCGUUCUCGUAAACUUGACACAAUUCCUCCACCCGUGUUGGCCAGAAUGUUUCAUCUCAUCUCAUGCACACCGUGUUCGACCACAACACUGCAGGUCACAACGUGCGCAUUCAUUAACUCGCACGCCGCAGGUUACAUCACUUCUGUCUUCUGCUUCUUCCCACGCGCUGCUCCACUUUGGAAUUCCCAUCGUCCUACCAUCGGGCGUAUCUUUUCCCAGAGGCGUAGCUAGGAUAUUUUGCGCCCGGGGACGAACUAUAAAAUUGGCGUCCCCCCCCCCCCCCCCGUCCGUUUAAUCACAUUUUCCUAUUACAUCGAAUAAGGAAUAAUUUUAAUUUUAAUGAAACAUUGUAUUUAAAGAAGCAAAUUUAUAGAAAUUAUAUUACAUGGCUCACUCAGUCAUUGUCGUAGACUGGUUGACAUAGUCUACAAAAGAUUAAUUUUUCUUGAUUUCACUGUCGCAAACUGGUCAAUCACGUAAUCAAAUUCUGUUUUUUCCAAUGUUUCUCUUUCAACGCUAAGAAGAGCAAGAUCGCUGAGACAAUCUUGUCCCAUUGAAGCACGCAAAUGCGACAAAAUAAGUUUCAAUUUGCUGAACGACCGCUCACAGCUUGCAAUUGAAACUGCUAUUGUUAAUAAAAAUUUGCAGUGAAAUUCGCAAAUUCGGAAAAAUGUCGUCUCCAUAAAACACAAUAAAACCAAGAAGAUCCAAAGGAGUUUCUGGUAGAACUUCAUUCCGGUUACUGAGCAGCAUUUUGCAAUCUCCAAUUUCUGUGAAAAGUUCGUGGCCAUUGAUGUCGGUGUCAUAGAAAUUUCCAAAAUCUGUGCAAUUUCGACGAAUUGCAUCGACAUCUGUGUCAGAUAGAAGAGUUUUGACGUCCAGAAGAAAUCCAAAUUUCGUGUUCAGGUCUUUUAGUCGUAAAAACCGUGUUGACAUCUCCUGUUGAAGUCGAUAAAAUACGCUCUUCAUAACGCGCACAAUUUCUUCUUCUGCUGAAAGUCCUGCAUCUCUUGCCAGUUCUCCUGGCAUCUUCUGACGUCGCCUAAUUCUUCUGUCCACAUCGAUCCCCCAGGCUGUGCAUCUUGUUUUGGCGUUUUCUACAGCAACUUGGCUCAAAUCAUCACGAAGCUUGACAAAUUCAUGCUCCAAAGAUUCAAGAUCAUUUGCUGCUUCCUUGAAAUUCAUAGUAGGAUCCUGUAAGCGCUUCUGAACAUGAUCAAUUUUUCCAAGAAUGACAUUCCAGAAAUGUAAUAAAAUUAUGAAGUUAAAAUUUAAUACGCAUGCCUGUUCUGCAUCACUUCUGGUUUCAGGCGUCAUAGUUACGUCCUCCGAUAAUUUGUCUAGCAGCCCUACUAGUUCAUCCAGUCCUUCAUAGAUAGCUUUAACAGCUUCUGAUCGUGCACUCCAGCGUGUUUCAGGCCGUAGUAGUUUCCGCCACCAAAAAACAGGCCAGUGACUAAGGCUGAAAGACUGCGCCUGUCUGUUGUUUGGGACGUUCUUCCAUGCAAGUUCUUAAUAGGCGCGCGUACCAAAAUGUAAUUACAUGACAUGUAGGCUGUGUGUGGCAAGAUAUAUAAACUUUUAGGUUGAGGUGUAGAUUUGUGCAGUAGUUUCAGGCUGCCGCGCCCGCCGCAAUAAGUUAUAAUGUAACGUUGUAAGCCUCAUUUUGGCGCCCCUUUACCUUGGCGCCCGGGGACAUAUGCACCCAACUGCCUCCCCCUAGCUACGCCUCUGUCUUUUCCCCCCGAAUAAUAACCAUGCCAAGGCCAUUUGGUGCCUCUAGGUAAACGAAAACGCAGCAUUCACCCUGGAUAAACGCACUGCCAAAUUCACGACACGGAUACUAGAUUUGUAUUUUAAAAUGCACCGUUAUUAACCUUGAACGGUACCCUGAACCAUCGGCAACAGCCUAACCCAGGCCCGACUGUUACACCACGGCGCACGUGUUUUUUGCGGCUGUCCUCUGCAGCUCCCCGUUGAAUUUUCGCGACGUGCCGUGUUGUUCGGCACAAAGGGACACCUGGGUACUAUUCCUGACCCAGGUGCCUUUCUGCGCAGAGUUUGUGUGCUCAUUUUACAGUAUGAAUGAGUGUAUGAGCAAGUCGAGUGUGCAUGUUCUUCCCUUGUUCUGCAUAGGUUUACUCCGGGUUCUCCGGUUUCAUACCACUGCUAAAUAAACCACAAUUUAACUGGCAUUUCCAAAACAUCCCAACGUGGCAGGACCCUUCUGAAAAUGACUUUGGACUCAAGAGUGGGUAUCCUGAGUGAAUAAGUACAGUACUGUAGUUACUAUAAAUACAGCUGGCGGGGCGAAACGUCGGACAUUGUGCCGAAAAACACACGGCACAACCACCAAUUACCAAGUUUGGCAAAUUCGAAAAUUACCCACAAAUCACUCAUUUGGGAUCACACAGCAGCAAUCGUCACCCCCUAUCAGUGGAUGUCCGCUCGUAGGCAACGUUCCGAGUCACUUGGUGCCACACAGGGACAGCUUCCACUGGGAGUGGCCCUUCCAAAGGUGUCGAGAUGAGGUGUAGGAUGUUAAGCGCUUGUAUAUGCUCCGGCGUAUGGGGGGGGGGGGCAUCAAACACAACUCACGAUCCACCUCACUCUCAACCAGCCAGCUCACCCUCACCCAACGUGUCGUUCGCAGUGCUCUCACAGCCCUGCCUAUGGACGAGUGUUUGUUGUGUGACCAUGAAGCCAGCACCGGUCUGUUCAUACACCGACACACGCUCUAUCCCAAGCCAAUAGAAUGUCUCUGAUCACGAGUUAUCUUCAAUCGCAGUGCCGCCUUGCAACACACUUACAGUGCACAUUUACUGUGGUCUGUUUACAUAUGGUACUUCAUAUUGUGUUCAAAUAUGCCAAAGCUGCCGACCCGUCCACAAAAUGCAAAUUGAGUUCUGAACAUAAAAUCACGUUUAAUAAAGAAUUUAUUUAUACAAUUGA